CACUGGGAACUACUAUAUAUCCCAUACACAAACCGGAUUGCUCCUCAUGUCCACCCACAUCCUCACGCAGGACAGAUAAACCGACACAUCCACACACUCCUAGUACAUACACACACUCUCUCCAACCAUCUACCACACAUCACAAAAAUGAGCACCAUCCCCAGCGUCCACAUCAACGACAAAAGCCCCAUAGAGGACCGCGACACCUCCUCCACCUCCCCAACCACCCGCAAAUCCCUGCACCAGAACAUCUUCGGCAAACUACGUCCCCUCCCUUUCCAAUACCACUGGACAGUCUGGUACGACCGCCAUACCGACGCCCCAGCAGCAGCAGCGUCAGCAUCAGGCGCAACCGCAACAGCAGACUACGACUCGCGUCUCUACGUCCUACACGAGGAUGUCGCCGACAUCGCCACCUUCUACCGCGUCUACAACAACUACCCCUGGGACAAGAUCCGUCUGCGCGACACCGUCCACAUCUUCCGCAAAGGCGUGAGACCCGUCUGGGAAGAUCCCGAGAAUCAGAACGGGGGGUGCUGGCGCUUCCGCGUGCCGAAGAGUAAAGCCCAGGCGUUCUUUCAUGAGAUUGCCAUAUUGUGUAUGGCGAAUGAGUUUCAGGCGGUUUUGGAGAAGGAACACGACCACGUCCUCGGCGUCUCCACCUCCGUCCGAUUCAACUCGCAUCUCAUCUCCGUAUGGAACAAGCUCGGCUCGAAUGAAAGGUCUAUCAAGGCUCUCGAACAGACUAUCAUCGAUCGAUUAUCUCCUGAAUUAAGGCCCACAGGGACGGGUUCCACUGCGUACUUUUACAAAAGGCAUGAUGAGAAUGAGGGGUUUCAGGAGGCUGUGGAGAGGAGUAAGACAUGAUCAAUUCUUAGAGGAAUACUUUGAUUAGUGAGCACCCUGGGUAAGAGCAGUUGGGGUCCCGAGUAUGAGGAG